UGGGCCUCAGAGAGCAUGAAAUCUGCAGCAGACCUACAUCAAAAACUUGGCAAAGCAAUUGAGUUGGAAGCAAUAAAGCCUACGCAUCAAAUCCUGAGUAUGCAAGAGAAGAAGAGAAAAUCGCUUGAUAAUGAAGUUGAAAAGACAGCAAAUCUUGUUAUUAACAACUGGAAUCAGCAAAUCAAGGCUAAGAAAAAAUUAAUGAUGAGUACCAAGAAGCAUGAAGCACUUUUCCACCUUGUAGAAAGCUCCAAGCAGUCCGUGACCCAGAAGGAGAAACAGAAGCUCCUCAACAAACUGAAAAAAUCGACUGAAAAAUUGGAAAAGGAAGAUGAAAGUUACUACCAAAAAAACAUGGCAGGGUAUUCGACUAGACUGAAGUGGGAGAGCACGCUGGAAAACAGCUACAAGAGCAUGCUGGAGCUGGAGAAGGAAAGAAUUCAGCUUUUAUGCAAUAACUUAAACCAGUACAGCCAACAUAUUUCUCUUUUUGGACAGACGUUGACCACAUGCCACACACAGAUCCACUGUGCCAUCAGCAAGGUUGACGUUGAGAAAGACAUCCAGGCUCUAAUGGAAGAAACCGCAAUCCUAUCUACAGAAAACAAAUCCGAGUUCCUACUGACUGACUACUUUGAAGAAGAUUUAAAGAAUACAAUGGAUAAAGAAAGACGGAAGUUGUUGAUAAAACCAAAAUUGUUGAGACUGCAAAGAGACAUUGAAAAGGCCUCAAGAGACAAAGAAGGCCUGGAACAGAAGCUCAAAACACUGUCCAGCAACUCCUCCUUCUCUGAUGCCAAGAGCAAGAAGGAUGCAGAAGCCUUAAUGGAUGAGAAUAGUUUGAAACUAGACCUUUUGCAAGCAAACUCCUACAAACUGUCAUCAGUGUUAGCAGACCUGGAGCAAAGGCCAAAGCCCAGCCAUCCCUGUAGCAACUGCAUCUUCAAGUGGAAAGAAAAGGAGCACUCUCACACUUAUGUAAGAAUAUCCCGGCCUCUCUUGACGAAGAGAUUGGAGAAAGCUGUGAGCAAGACACCUUCUGGUGGGCAGAACAGCCCUAGCUUUUCGCCUUCAGCCUCUGUGUCCCAAGUCAGCAACCAUCUUUGCAAGGCCCUGUAUACUUUCCAAGCCAGGCAAGACGAUGAGUUGAAUUUGGAAAAAGGAGAUAUUGUGACCAUACAUGAGAAGAAAGAAGAAGGAUGGUGGUUCGGCUCUUUAAAUGGGAAGAAAGGCCAUUUUCCUGCUGCCUAUGUGGAGGAGCUGCCUUUAAAGGCUGGAAACACAGCUGCGCAGUUAUAA